UGAAUAAGUGAACAAGAUGGUGAUGUAAAAAGAAUCAGAAUCAGAUUUCCCCUGCUUCCUGCCUUUAUUCUAAGCUAAGCUAACCGUUUUAGGACUCCAGGUUCAUAUUCAGCACACAGAGUGAAGUCCUUUUCAGAUUGGAUAUAUAACAUUUCUGCUUCAUCAGUCUGUGACGGCCUUCCGUCGCUCAGAUAGAGGUCACUUUUACAUUAUUAUACCUUUUGGCUUCAUUCAGACAAACCCACUGCAGUGACGAUCAAUAUUUGGCGCAUUUGCGAGAGUACAAAAAAGGUUGAAGGACCUACGAAUAAACCACAGACUAAACUUAUAACAAAGCCUCUGUAAGUGCCAUAACAACAGUGGAUAGUUUAGGAUCAUCAGCACUAGAAAGCAGAUCAUAAUGUUAAUGGUGAUAUAAAACACUGCCACAGAGACAACAGAACUCACCUGGGCAGCUUGUUCUAUAGGACCACACUGCCUGUCAGAUAUGUGUCCUUAUCCCUUAAUGCGACUACAUGCAGUUUCAAAGAGAUAUGUAAAUAAGAUCAAACAUAGUGAGAUUGCUUUUGCGACUUUUACGUAAAACUGACAAGUUUUGACGCUCAUUCAGACAUGAUGCUGACAUGUUUGUAUAUCCUCAGAUUAAAGAAGUGCAUGUCUAGAAGGAUUGAUCUUUCAGGUCCUGGCAAGACAGUGAACUAUUCCUUUUUUGCCAAGAGAUCAUUUAAUUAAUACCUAGUAAACACAAUAUGUUGUUGUUUACCAGAAGAAUGAAGGAGCACAUUAGUGAGCAGUCACCAGAAGAGCGGCUCUUGCUGUGCUUAUUAUGGCAGCCGGUGUGCACAUAGGAUGGCAAAUAUUCCAUGAUUACUAGUUCUCUGCAGGGAGGCAGUGCCUCAGGGUGCAGAAAUAAUCAGCAGUGCUACCUCAUGUAGAGGACUGCCUGGGCACACUCCCACUCUGGCUUUAUACACAGACAAAGGCAAGAGAACUAAAUACAAUGACGACUCAAGAGGACACAUCCUAAAUUGUGUCCCUCAAAUGCUUAAUCCCUCCCGUGUGCAUGCAGCAAGACACAUACGCAAACAAAGCACAACUAGAACUGGGAGGUGCCCUGCAGCAAAACGCCGAGUUUACAGUAUGUGCGCUGCUCAGUGCGUACGUGUGAAACAGAUAAAGACUGAACAUGCCCAGAGGUUGUCCCUCCUGCUGCUUGCUUGUUUUACCAUUUCUCACAAUUAAACCUCAAGGGCAAAAUAAAAAAAAAAAGUCUCAACCCAUUCAUAGAAGUGAAGGAGGGAAAUAGAAAGUGAGAAAAAAGAUGGAUACGACUAUUACAUCAAACUGAUGGGACAAUUACACCUAUCCAGGCCUGUAUAAAUCUCUACUGAAUGGACAUGAGCGACGAUUACAGUUCAGGAGUCAGACACGUAAUCCAAGUCCAGCCGCUUUCACAGAGCCUGAGAACCGUCAAAAUUUUAAACUAUUCGUUGUCGCUCCCAAAUUGUUCCCUGAAGUGGAACUGACUUUCCUUGUCUGUACUCAGUGACCAAACACUGUGAUCAAACCUCAUUGUGUGACAGAGUGUGCCUCAUAAGUCUCUGGUUGUAAUUCUACGAGUAAAUUGGAUCAUUUAUUUGCUGGCCAGAUUCUGACCUUCGGUAUUUAUGGCUGCAGGUCCACUAAGUCGGAUUAAAUGCAGUAAUUUUCACUCGUGGAGAUGUUUAGUUGUUAUUGCAGUCACGCAGCGAGCAAUCUGAGGUUUUUAUCUGGCCUUCUAGAAUAUCUUCACUUCAGCUCUUCCUUCCUCACUAACGACAUUCUCCUUUCAAAUCUUCUCUCCCUGCUUUCUUUCAUUUUCUCUCCCCGCCACCACCUCCCCUCGACAUUUUCGUCUCUUCCUGCACCUUACAUCACACUUUCACUUCCCACUCCCUCUCUUUCCCUUUUUUGCUUCCCUCCCCUCGCAGAUGCCCAGCCCACGGAGGCAGAGACGGCCGUGUGGAACCAGGUCAGCGCCGUGCUGGAGGAGGCUCAUGGGAUCCUGGCCGAGCUGCAGUCCUAUAAUGGCGCGGGCCAGGAGAUACGAGAAGCCAUCCAGAACCCAGGUGACCUCGCUCUUCAGGAGAAGGCCUGGAACGCAGUCUGCCCCCUGGUGGCCAAGCUGAAGAGGUUCUACGAGUUCUCUCUCCGACUGGAGAACGCCUUGCGCAGCCUGCUGGAGGCACUGACAAGCCCGCCGUACGCUCCCAUGCAGCACCUGGAGAGAGAGCAGGCUCUUGCCAAACAGUUUGCUGAGAUCCUUCACUUCACGCUCAGCUUUGAUGAACUAAAGAUGACAAAUCCAGCCAUUCAGAAUGACUUCAGCUACUACAGGAGGACUAUAAGCAGGAACAGGCUGAACAACCAGCAGCUGGAAGCAGAGAAUGAGGUGAACAAUGAGAUGGCCAAUCGGAUGUCUCUGUUCUACGCCGAAGCAACACCGAUGCUGAAGACUCUGAGUAACGCCACCACCAAGUUCGUUUCAGAGAAUAAGACCUUGCCCAUAGAGGACACCACAGACUGCCUGAGCACCAUGGCCUGUGUGUGUCGUGUCAUGCUGGAGACUCCGGAGUACCGCUGUCGGUUCACCAACACAGACACCAUGCUGUUCUGCAUGAGGGUGAUGGUGGGAGUCAUCAUCCUGUAUGACCACGUUCACCCUGUCGGGGCGUUCGCCAAGACCUCCAAAAUUGAUAUGAAGGGCUGCAUCAAGGUGCUGAAAGAGCAACCGUCCAACAGCGUGGAGGGACUUCUGAAUGCACUGAGGUAUACAACACGGCAUCUAAAUGAUGACAGCACCUCCAAACAAAUCAGGGCCCUCCUGCAAUGAGAGAAAGAGGAGAGCGACGGGGGAAAGGGGGAGAAAGGAAGGAGGAAAAAAGAUCGACGAGGAAACAAACGCCAGUGGCUGAUAAACCUGUUUGUUUACAACGAACAAAGAAAUUCAUCUCCAGGUUAAGAGAAACCUGAUGAUAAUAAGAAGAGGAAAAAUAAUUAUAUAUAUUGUCAGCUGUCCAUCAUUCUGUCUCUCAUUUUGUAAAGUAAGAAAAGAGAAAAAAAAAAAAAGCCAGAAAAGAAGAUAUAGAUAUAUAUUAAAAGAAGUGAAACACAAGCUGAAGAAUAGGUAGGACUAAAGAGGAAGCUAUAUCGGAAAAAUUUAAGGUCAGAACCGACGCAAACUGAAAGUGUACGAAAAAAAAAAAGAAAAAAAGGGUUCAUGUUCCAGCAGUAGUCUGACAAGUAUUUUUGCACACACUUUGAAAACAAUGCCAUCUCCUUUCCCCUGAAAUCUGAUCCCAAACUGGUUCCCUGAGACUUUCCCGCAUCCCCCCCCCCGCCUCCCCUCGCAUUCACAUUCAGUUCAACUGGAGGGGUUUUUAGCUUUUAAAGUUGCAGAAACAGCGGCGUGACCUUCUUCAUCUCCUUCAGCUGCACCGAUCUCCAUCUGCAGGUGAAUCAUGAAGCAAUGUGAUGGAUUCACUCCGGAGAUUUGCUUCCGCCCGUGUCACUUCUUUUCUACAUCGGUGCAGCUGGAGGAUGAGGUGGCCUCAUUUUGGCUUCUUCCUCAUUGUCCAUCUUCCCACUCAUCAUCCAUCCAUCCAUCCGUCCACUGGAGAUGUGGUUUUUCCUUGGCACACAAAAAGAAUACAGAUCCACCCAUGUAGCGUGCCCUGACGCUGUAUAUGUUUCCAGCACAAAACAUCUUGUGAGUUUUCUGGCUUUACUUGAACAAUGUUCUUCACUCUGUCUGUCUUUUUUCUCCAUGGUGCUAAUGUGGUUUAGAGAUCACACUACUAGCUUGUUAAAUAUCAUUCGGCAAUGCAAGACAUGGGACAAAAAAAAAAAGGCAUUUUGUCUUCCUUAUUUUUUGCACUAGGAUGUUAAAUCGUAAAUUCUGAGAAUGUGCUCUCAGCUGUUCUGUGCUUUAACAUUAGUGUCAAAAACAGGGACAAAUUCACGUGAAAUGUAAGAUCCAAGAAAGGCAUUCUAGGAAACCACAGCACACUUUACUUCUACACCCAGUGCCAAAGCUGAUUGGUUUACGCUCUUGUUACAUCAUCAAGCCAGGCUCGGGCGGGGGGGAGGGUUUGAGGGAGUCUUGUCGUCCGGCGAUACACCACCGAUCAUCUUUUUAGGGACGUGUAUUUCAGCCAGGACGACAUGGAACGACGCACAAGUGAUUUACACACACGCGCGUGCAUCUUGGGAAAGAUCCGAGUGUCUCGUUGUAAAUACGCGAAGCUUUUCUCAACAGGCAUCUACAUGGUCGGCGUGGGUCCUCAAGGAAAAAACACAACCACCAUCAACACCUGCAUACAGCUAGAGUUCUUUCUUUUAGUACGAGGUUGAUGAAGUCAUUCAAUAAGUGGGGAAAUAAAAAUGAAAAUUUAAAAAAAAGGAGAUUAAAAAGAAGUGCUGUACUUUGGAUGUCUAUAGCCCUUAGUCUAAUUUAAUUUGAUCUUAUAAUAUAUUUUCUAUACAGGGGUAUGUGCACAAGCAUAUUCUGUAUAAAUACAUAGAUGGCAUGUUGUAAAAGUUCUGACAGAAAUGUGUAAAUAAGGUGUUUUUAUUCAUUUUUAAUUGUUCAGUGACGCUGAAAUUGGGUAUGUGUUGUCUCUCAGAAUUACCAUGCGUUUGGCUUGGACCAUCGGACUUGCCGUAGUCAUAGGUUUCAGAAACUCAGCUUCAUUAUGGCGAAUGAACCGGAGGGAGGGGGGAGGGGCAGGGGCUGUCCAUUUGCUUGUUAUUUUGUAUAUUUUGUGCAACAAUAAACUUGUCAUUUAUUACAUUCAA